CAUAAACAGCGUUUAUGGUGACAGGCAAAUUAGAGGCUAGGAGGGAGGAGCCUUUCAAGCAGUAGAUGGUUGAAAAAAGCUCUGGACAGACGAAGUUUUUAACAGUAUCCUCGCUCCUCCUACUCCAGUGACAUGCGCGAUGGCGAUCUAGCGGAGAUUUCGCUUAAGGCCCUCAGUUUGUGGCUGUGCCUUCUGAGAGGUAGGUGUAGGAUGCCUGUGGGAACAGGGAUAGCAGGUGCUGGGGAAAGUGGAGGAGAAAUGUGUAAAAGCCGGGGUGGGAGAGGAUAUUGCAGCAUCUGGGGAAAAAGAUAGCUGUUGGAUUGUCAAACGACAGGAGCAUGAGCCCGAAAUUUUGGGGGAAGCUUAGUGGCAAGGCCCGCCUUUGCAGGAGAUCUUUUGAAGGGAGGCCAGGGAUGCGUGCGCAGCUCCGUCACCAUUUCUGGGAGUCUUAGUUCCGAGUAGGACAUCGGUCCUGGGAUCCUAUUUCCAGGUAUUCACUGACUCGGGUUCUGGUUCCCCAGGCUUCUUUCUAUUUCGGAGGAAAUCGGACACCUUAAUUAUAUCCUGAGGGAAAACUCUGUAACAGGAGGCAUAUUUUUUUUGCCUGAGUAACUGUGUGCGGGGAGGGAAUAAAGGGAAGGAGAACCACUGGGCAGAGAUUGCUUGUCAUUUGUCACUUGAGCAGGGGCCGGCUUCAUGACGUGGGAGGGACUAGGAAUACGGAGAAAGCUUCCACCAGCAAACUUUAUUGAAUUCUCACUAUAAGACCACUGUGAAGGCACCUUUAACAUUCUCCAGUACAACCCUCUCAUUUUUACAGAUGAAGAAACUCAAAAGUGAUAAAAUGACUUGAGACAGGUCACACAGCUGAUUUGGAUACCAAGGUAGGAAGACAAUUGAAAAAUAUUUCCUGAGCAAGAGAGUCACCAGGUCAAUAAUGGAAAAAAUCAAAGAGGACAUUACACAAGUUCCCAUUUUUGAAGAAGAGUGUGAAAUUGAAAGCAAAUUAAGGAGGCAGGAGCAAAACCCUGCAGACAAGAUUCAGAAAAAAUCCUUUUCCAAAAAGAAAGGUUUCAGGCAGUUGACAGUAACCAAAAAUAUAAUGCCGAAUGAAGAAAGAGAUGAUAAAUGUAAUGAAAUUAGUAAAAACUUCACAUUGAAGUCAAAACUUAUUACUCAUCAGAGAGUCCAUAUAGGAGAGAAAUCUGGUAGUUUUGACACAUGUGGAAUAAACUACAAACAACAUUCAGAAUUAGUUAAAUGUCAAAAAAUGUGUUCAGGGAAGAAAACUUAUAAGUGUAAUGAUUGUGAGAAAAUUUUUAGUGACCGCUCAAACUUUAUUCGUCAUCAGAGAAUUCACACAGGAGAGAAACCCUAUAAAUGUAAGGAAUGUGGAAAAGCUUUCAGCCAGAGCUCAUCCCUUAUUGAACAUCAAAGAACUCAUACUGGAGAGAAACCAUAUAAAUGUAAUGAAUGUGGGAAAUCAUUCACUGUGAGUUCAUCUCUUACUCAGCAUCAGAGAAUUCAUACUGGAGAGAAACCCUAUAAAUGUAAUGAAUGUGGAAAAGCUUUCAGUGAUUGUUCAUCCUUUACUCAACAUCAGAGAAUUCAUACUGGAGAAAAACCUUAUAAGUGCAAUGAAUGUGGGAAAGCCUUUAGUGAUUUCUCAUCUCUCACUCAACAUCAGAGAAUUCAUACUGGAGAGAAACCCUAUAAGUGUAAUGAUUGUGGUAAGGCUUUUAGCCGUAGUACACACCUAACUCAACAUCAGAGAACUCAUACUGGAGAAAAACCUUAUGAAUGCAAUGAAUGUGGAAAAGCCUUCACUGCACACUCAACCUUUACUCAACAUCAGAGAAUUCAUACUGGAGAGAAACCCUAUGAAUGCAGUGAAUGUGGGAAGGCUUUUCCUGAAAGCUCAUCACUUACAAAACAUCAGCGAGUUCAUACUGGAGAGAAGCCCUAUGAAUGCAGUGAUUGUGGGAAAGCCUUUAGCCAGAGCACACACCUUAUUCAACAUCAUAGAAUUCAUACUGGAGAGAAGCCCUAUAAAUGUAACGAAUGUGGAAAAGCCUUUGGUAAUAGCUCAGUCCUGCUCCGACACCAGCAACUUCAUACCAUAGAAUAAUCCUGUUAAUAUAAAAAUUUGGGGAAGGAAGUUUUUCAUCAUUUGUCCUAAUUUUCCAUUCACACACUUGCUGUUAAUGGCAUUUACUUCUAGGCCUGUUGCUUGGAUUUCAGUCCCAUCAUUAAACAUAAUAAAAAGCCUCCUAACUGAAAUAGGUAUAUCAGAAACAAGAUCUCUUUAUUAAUGUGUCUGUCUCUCUCAUGUAUGUACAUAUACACAUGUAUAUAUGUAUGUAUAUGUGUGUAUAUAUACGUGUGUGUGUGUGUGUAUAUACAUCUGCCUGCCUACAGGAAUUCUGAUAUUAUUUUAUGACUAUCUAUGUAUACCUUAAUUUUUACUCAUGUAUUUGGUCCCUACCCCAAUGAUCUUCCCUGAUCUCAGGUGUCCUGAGAUAUAUGCCCUAAUAUAUGCUUAUCUGUCUGCUUUCUAAUGCAGUGUUUUACUUUCAAUUAGACUAUCUGAUCUCUAAUAUUUUAACAAAUCCCUUAAUUUUCUUAGUCUUGGCUUCCUAUUGUUUUCUCUCUAUGUUAUGUUACUAUUGUAAAUACCACUAGCCAUGAUUCAGGAGGUGUAUCUUUUCUUCCAAUUGUUGUCUCAUCAUUCCUAUAGCCAAUUGAGAUCUAUAACUGCCGUGCUAGUAAUGGUUGUUCAUGAAUCUCUGUACAGAUUAUUUAUAGAUUCCUUAAGGGUCUAGCAGUGGUGAGUAUAGACUAGAAGAGCAUCUCUAAAUAGGAAAUUUCAAAAGCAAUAAAUAAAAAUUAAGAGGCAGAUUUAGACUUGGUGUCAAAUUUACUAAUAAUUAGCACUGUACCAAAGUCUAAUUGGCUCCCUAAAAGGAUGAUGGCUUUGCCCCUCACUUGAUGUCUUUGAGCAAAGGCUUGAUAACCACUUAUUGGAUAUGUUAGUGGGAAAUCUUAGACACAUGUGGGUUAAAAUAGAAGACCUCUGAGGUUCCUUCCAAGUCAGCGAUUCUAUGAUUUUCUGAAUAGGUACUUAAUAAAUAUUUACUGGUUUAUUUAUUUAUUACUGGUUUACUGACCUAAUAUUAGUCCUAUCCUAUCUGCUAUGUAUAAGAGUGGGCUUUAUAAAUUUGAGCGUUUUCUUACAAUGGUUUAUUUCCUCUUACAUACUUGGCUUUCAAUUAAAGUAAGCUGAUGGUAAUGUUUUGGUACAUGACUUCAGGGUCUAGAUCAGGGGUCCUCAAACUACGGCCCGCAGGCCAGAUGCGGCAGCUGAGGACGUUUAUCCCCCUUACCCAGGGCUAUGAAGUUUCUUUAUUUAAAGGCUGACAAAACAAAGUUUUUGUUUUUACUAUAGUCCAGCCCUUCAACAGUCUGAGGGACAGUGAACUGGCCCCUAUUUUAAAAGUUUGAGGACCCCCUGGGACUCUAGAUUAUUAUAUCCAGAUCCCUUUUGAUCUUUUUAGUUUGAUCUAUUUAGUUUUAAACUAAACAGUAUCCUUUUUUGUUAAAUUAUUAUUAUUAUUAAAAUAGGAUUAAAUUUUGCACUUUUGUUUUAAUUGAUAUAGGAAACUCACAGGUGAGGAGCUUCUCCCAAUUCAAGUUGGCAUUUUUGUUGCAGCUUAAUUUUAGAAAAUUGCCUAGGACACUGAGAAGUUAAGUGAUUUUCCCAGGUUCACACAGCUAGUCUAUGUCAAAAGUAUGACUUGAAUUCUGGUUUUCUAGUUUUGAAGCUGGCUUUUUAUUUACAUGCCAUAAUAUUUUUUUUAACAUAACUGUCAGAACAGUGAACCAUUAACUUUAAAGAACAUUAUGUAAGAUAUACCACUUGAAAAAUAUAUAGUAAUUUGAUAAAAGGUAGUAGCUUCCUCAUUGAUCUUAAUCUGUUCUCAGUUCUACAGACUAGAGUAGAACCAAAUGAAAUAUAGCUUAAACAUUUUUAAUUAGCUUUAUAUAAAAAAUCCCCAGGGUCCAUUUCCCUCUGGCUUUUUUUAGGUACCCAUUUGUCCAUCUCCAUUUGAUAUUUGCUCUGCACAUCACAUAUACACAAUAUGAAACUGAGCUUUUUGAUCAGUUCUAAUUCAAAGCAUUGAUUAGAAAACAGCUUUCUAUUGAAAGUCUUGGAGUUAUCAAGAUAUUAGCCAUGUCAAGAUAUAUUUUAAUAGAACAUAACAUUUCAAAACGGUGUAGGGUGAUUUCUCUAUAGAAAACUUUGAGAUAUUCUUAAUCACGGUAAGUACCUUCAACUUUACCUUUUCCCCUCUAUUACUAAAGAGCUGGAUUUUAAACCAUUUGAUGAUCAUCAAUUAAACCUCUGCCUAAUGUUCCCAUUGAUUUGGAUCCAUUAAAUACUUAGAAGUUCCAAGAUCAAGGGAGGGUGUAGUUAGCCUCCAACUAGAACUUGUAUAUCCUAGGAAUACUUUUAAAGUUCUCAACCCUGCCUAACUGUGAGUUGUACAGGGUUGUGACUUUAGUUUCUUUAACCACUUCUGCUGAAAGAUCUAGACCCUAGACUUUAUCCUCUACUGAAGUCAGAAAUCUACUGCUUUAUGGGUGGAAGCAAUUCUUUUCAAUGAGGCAAACACUGCCAUCUUCAUCAAUUAAUUUGUUUUUACUGUGGUAAAGUAUUACUGUAAAUCAUCUGGAGAUUUAGGGAUUUUAGAGUCUAGGGAAAAGGGAAAUGGGAAAUAAUAUCAGCAGUCAUCAAGGCAGCCAGGUAGCACAAAGUGCUAGUUUUGGAGUCAAGAAUACUUGAGUUCAAAUUGUGCCUUAAUAGAUUUGUGAUUUCAUACAGGAUAUUUAACAUUUCUCAGCCUCAGCUUCCUCAGCUGAAAAAUAGUGAUAACAGCACAUCUCAAUGGUAUGUUUUAUGGAUCCAUUUACUACAAUAUGACACUCUCUAUUUCUCCUAUCGCCAUGACAUAAAUUGACGGAUUUUGAGGGCUGAAGAAAAUAAAUUUCACAAUUUUUGUUCUGGUACCCUAGGUAAUCAUAACAAUGACAGCAGACAUUUACAUAGUAUUUUAAGGUUUACAAAGUAGUUCACUCUCAUAAUAUGUGUAGCAAGUUCUGUGGCCCCCAUCUUUUCAGCCUUAGAUCAUAAAAGAAAAUCCUUUGUGAAUAUCAACCAGAGAUCUUCAGAUACAUCAUGAAAUUAACCUAUAGAAGUCCUCCAAAUUAUUACUCCUUUUGUGAUGUAGAUAUUAAUUUUUAAUAUGCUUUCAUUUCUAUAAAGUAUAUUUGGAAAGUUGAAGGGAAAGAGAGACAAUUGUGUCAUUUAUCUGGAGUUGUGUCCCCCUAGGAAUGAUCUUCAGCCUUGUAAUCUAUAUGGAUGGUUCUGCUGUGAAAUUUUUUUAAAGCCUUCUAGGUAGGUGAGAGUCAAGAAAUCAACAAAGUUAUUAAAAACAAAACAAAACAAAACAACAACAAAAAAAAUCAAAGAACCCCUGGAAGAAUUUGUACUUCAGAACUGGGGGAAGAGAGCCUAUAACCUUGAAAUGGGAAAAAUAUAUCUCACUUUCUUCUUAAAUUGACUGAAAAUAGAUGUUUUGUAAAUAUAUGGAAGAACUGAUCUUAGUUGCAAGAAUUUGUAGUAUGAGGCUUUGGAGGCUGCAAGGGAAGUGUUUUUGGCCUAGUCUAUUAACAUGGGGUUCUUUUGGUCUAUUGCAAAACCUGUCUGUCCAGCUUGAAGAAUUAUGAAAAGUGACUCAAACUAAAGAUGUACCCAGAUCAGCCCAGAAUUUGCUUCACAAAUGGAAUCAUUAUAGACUUCCCACGCCAGUAGAUUUGAGAUGGAACCAAAGCUAAAUGAAGUAUAUUGGGGGGAGUUAAUAUUCAUCAUGGUAGCUGCCUACUAUUUCACUUACCACUACAUGGUGGAAGGCAGCUGAAUUGUAGGGACAAACUCUGCCUUGGGGACAUUCCCAGGACUGUGUAUAAAAAUAAUAGUUCUAUCCAUGGAGUGCUUAUUUUCAUGUUCUUCAUGCUUUUUGCUUGGGGGAACCCAUUCAUAUGCUUUUUGGGAUCUGUUUAUAGUAGUAUGAAAAGCAGGAAUAUCCCCAUUUUACUAUAAAAGCUAAUGGAAAUCUAUGAGGCUAAAAGCAAAGAAAGGGAGCUCAUGGGACUAGUGGAAAAUGAACUAUAGAAAGUGAAAUACAGAAAUCAUAUAUUUUAACCUCAUUUUAUAAGUGAAACUCAGGCCUAGAGGCUAUAAUCAAAUAGGUGAUUAAGAGGUUCUAAUUUGUCAUGUUGUGGCUCAUUGGAAUCACUAGUUAAUCUGAGACUUGUAAGCUUUUGUCAAUUUGCAUUUUUCCAAGAGUUAAGCUUUCCACUUUUGCUGUUUCUCUCCCUUUUCUUCUAAAUUGUAUGAGGGUCAAGUACUUCGAGGAUGUGAAAAACCACGGAAUAGUCAUUUUGGGAAAAAAAAAAAAGAUAAAGAUAGGUUAUUUAAAAUGACUCAAUUUUUUCUCCCAAACUCCCUUUUGCCAUCUAGGCUCCAAAUCCCAACCUUAUCUUUGAAUUCUCUCAUUAUCUACAUCUAAUCAUUAGCUAAACCUUUUGAAGUUUUUAAAAUGUAUUUUCUUUAUGGUCUUAAAAAUAUUUUAAACCAAAAACGCCAUUUAUAUAGCAGAACCCAAGAAUGAUUCUGUAUGAAACUGAAUUUUCAUUUAAUACUGUUGCUUAAAGUACAUAAUAAAUUCUAUAUAUUACUUUCAAAACUGA